UCUCCGAGUCCGACGCUUGCUACAGCUUGCAAAAAAAAUAUAUAUAUAUACUGAUUCAGAAAAAUAAGAGAAACACCUAUUUUUUUAUAAAGAGACCGCCGUUGUUUGGAUGAGCAGUUGUUUAGAAAGCUUUACCGGAGGUCAAGGAAUCGGCCCGUUCCGAACAGCCACGGUUUGAAAGGACACUGCGCUUCUGUACUUUAUUCCGUACACAGUCUAUGCUCCAGCAGCAGGGGACCCCAAACUUCUGAUAAUCUAGUGAUGAUUUUUUGAUUGAUAUUCAAAAGUCCUUUCUUAAACAUCUACUACAUCGAUGCACAAAUCUCAAUUUUCUAUAUGCAGAUCCUACUGAUUAAACGUUUAUAGUUCCUUCUGGUCAUGCAGCUGGUGAUCCGCCGGUACCGUCCCUCAGACAAGGACACAGUGCUCGCCCUGUUCAGCAUCAGCAUCCGGGAGCACAUCCGUCCAUGUUUUCACAACGCCAUGACCAGCCCUCUCUACCUCGCCAUCACCCUGACUCUGUGUGUCACUGGCUACCUGCUCGGCUCCGUGUUGGGGGCUGUGGUGUUACCGGGAGCCUGGGUGGGCCUUGUCUACUACUGCUGUCAUGAGCUAUAUGCCAGCUACGGCAGGGAGAAACUCCGGACAGAAAUGCAGGACAUCCCUGGGAACUAUCUGAGCAGACCGGAUGACUGUUUCUGGGUGGCAGAGGCUGAGGUUGAUGGGAGGGCCCAGAUCAUGGGUAUGGUGGCUGUAGUGGCCAAACAAAGUGGGAAAGAAAGACAUGGGGAACUGUUCAGGAUGAUCAUCUCACCAUCGUGCAGACGGGUAGGCCUGGGCUUCAGGAUGGCUCAGACUGUGAUUGACUUCUGUAAGGAACGAGGCUUCUCCAGGGUGGUGCUGGAGACCAGCUCUCCAGCCACCGCUGCUGUGGCCCUGUACAAGAAACUGGGGUUCAGCCACGUCCUCUCACCCACCAAAACACAGGCUCCUGUUUGGUUUGUAACGCUGGCCAAGGUGUCAAUUUUUAAAAUGGAAAAACACCUGUAGACAUAAUCUUAAUUAGCUACUAUGAUGUUUCAUUUAUAUUCCUCUGUAUCAGUGCUUUAAGCUUUUGCAUCGAUAAUACUUUAACUGAAACCAUUAUCUGUAAGCUUUGUCUUACAAACACACUAGCUGUUUUAGCUAUGACCACAAAAAAAAAUACAACGUCACAGGUAAUGCAAAGAGCAAGAGCCUUUUACUUGUUCUCUAUGUAGGAUCAACUUAUCUGAAUGUUUUAUACGUGACGUUGCUCUUAAAGUUUUACUGGACCAAGAUUCACAGACCAAUGAUUGUAGUACUGGUACUUUUUUUUUUUUUUUAAAUAAAUACUAGUUUCAACUUCUGUGAUUUUAUUCACAGUAGUUUGAUAAAAAUAAAACCACCCCCAAAUUGUUUUACACCACUGUAUGUUUUGCUUUACACAUAAACACACCAUCCUCUUUCCAACAGUCACAUGCAUUAACUGCAAUCUUUAGUGGCCCUGUACACCCACACAAGAGGAAUGAUCAAAAAAUGUUAUCAAUAUAUUGUGUCUAAAAGAAAAACAUAUCCAACCACUCACACUAACAUUUUACACAGCCCUGGUGCAAUAAAAAAGGUGGAGGUUUAUGAUUGUAAAUGAUAAACAGUAGAGGGUGCCAUUUUAUCUAAGUAACACUGAAGCACCCAUCUGUGAUGCAACUCAAUAGUUUCUAGAGUCUUGUAUUUGCAUUUUUUACUAUACA